UCGAUAGUUCCUCGAUAGUCCUCUCUACAAAGUAGAUGGUUGUUGGGCAAUUUUAUGAGAAAUUUCGAUAGCUGGCGCCAAAUAUGACAGGGGGAAACGUUCUUAAUCGUCCAAAAACGGCUUUGCAGAAAAACCUCAACAAGCUGACAAGAGUGAAAAAAGCACAGAAAAAGAAACAGCUACAGAAGAGUAAAGCAUCUAAACAAAGGGCCAAUCAGAAAGGUGGUGCUUCUGUAUCAGCCAAAAAGAAGAGACUUAUCAUGAAACAGAUUAAGAGACAACAAAAAGAGGAAAAUACAAUGGAAGUUGUUCCACAACAGCAAAGCAGUAAGAAAUCAGAAGGAAAGGCAAGCAAGGAGAGUGAGGCUGAGAAAAUGGACACAAGUUAGAAAAACUAUCAGGAACGAGACAUGUACAAGGAGAACUCAAGAAGUCGAUCAGUCCAGAAUGGACAGUCUUAGUUGUGACAAGCAGAUAUUUUCAGUUGCUCACUCUGCAUUUGCCUGGGGCAAGAUCACAUUGUCUGUGACAUCAAUAGCUCAUCUUUACUAAUUUUAAUACUCAAAAUGAUGACACACUAGUGUUGCGAGAUCGUCAUCGUCAACCUUAAAUUAUUUUGAAAAAUAAACCGUGUAGGUGACUACA